AUGCAAUUAAAGACAUAUUCUGUGGUGUAGCAAAUAAAUUAUAUACCAGCAAAUUAAUUUACACAAAUACAUACCAAGAGAUACGUGGCCAAUUUAGCAAGCGCAGAUCUAAUUCUGGAUUUCACCCUAAUCAAAAAAGAUGUAAUUAAUUAAUCAGAUAAUUCACUGCCACGCAUGGCAGGACACACAUCUGUGCAGCAGUAAUGGGAAGGGAGACAGCAGAGUUGAGCAGCUCUACUUCCCUGUGCCAUGUUCAUCAACGGUGCUGGAAUCUAGCUCAACUUAAAAAGAAAAGGAGCAGCACUCCCAAACACUCUGAUGAUCUCUCCUGGACUUAGUUCCUGCUGUUGGCUUGUGAGUACAGUGCAGUGCGACCACAGGAAGGAAAGAUCUCAGGCUAUUUGAGGAAACAGAGAUGACUUGAGGGAAGCAGAGCCGGUGCAAGACAAACAUAAACUGUGCCACUUCAUCUGAAGACAAUGGGGGACAGGACACCGAGUGUGCUCUCAUCCACAUCUCCAUUGUCUGCCCAUCUCUUUUACUCCUCCUCUGAGCAUGGAGCAUAAGCGGGGUGAAAGGAGGAGGGGAAGAGAGGAGGGGGAGCAGCAGGGGGGCAGAGGGGGUCUGGCUGUGUUCUUUCUCCUCUGUCUGUGUGCGAAUGCACAGACGGUUCAGUAGUAAUUUGAUGUGUGUCCCUGGGGACAUUUGAUGGAUUAAAGCUAAGCAGCUCCAUUUCGCAGCACCACCUGAUCUUCCUCUGCCUGUGCCCCAUAUAAAGGCUGGCGUGAUUGCUGAUCUCAGCUAGUCUGACAGUCUCUCUCUCCUGCGCUCUCUCCCUCCUCUCUCUGUCUGUCUCCAUCUCUUCUCUUCCUCACUGGUCUCUUAAGCCUGCUGCAUCACAGGAGCUAUCCAGUGCUGAACAGGAUCGCUUUUAUUUUUUAUUUUUUUAUUUUUCCUGGGGAAGCUGGGGGAACCAAAGAGAAUCAACACAGCAUUGCCAUUAGCCCUGUUCUCCACUGGUUUCCAUCUUUUUUUCUUUCUUGUCUUAUGUUUUUGACCACAUCAACCACAAGGAUUACCAUCAAGCCAGCUCCGCUUGUUUGUGUCCUCAGAGGGUCUUUUAUUUUCUCUCAUGCGUUUCUCUCAGCCCCGUGUUUUCAUCCACUGAAACAUGCCCCGCUCUUUUUUGGUGAAGAAGAUCAAGCUUGAUGAUUUUUCUUCGUCCAAUGUGGCCAACUCCAACCAUCAUCACCACCUGGAUGACUCGUUCACUCUUACCCGCUCCAUCACAGACUCGGUGACCAGUCUUGGGGUUCGCCUCAGUGAGAAUGGAUACAUCCAGGAUUACAUCACACCAUCUGUAUACCAGGGGGAGAAGAAGAUGGAGCAUAAGCUGGCGUCGCCGGUGUCGGAUCCCCUGUACACCCAGGUGAGCAGCGGAGGGGAGUACUGUGACCCGGACCUGAAGCACCCCGACAGCCCCCAGUCCGGCAUAACAGCGAGCGGCUUCUACACUGGUGAAUCGGAGGCUCUGGCCGAGGGUUACACCAUGGAUGCCUUCUUCAUCUCCGACGGACGCUCCAGGCGAAAGGGAGAGGGCGAGGCUCGUGGGGCUAGCUCGAGAAGCAGCAGCGCAAACGGUGGGGUUCAAGAGAGGGGAGCCGGCGUGCCUCGCCACACCUGCAAUGAGUGCGGGAAGACCUACGCCACCUCCUCCAACCUCAGCAGACACAAGCAGACGCACCGCAGCCUGGACAGCAAGAUGGCCCGCAAGUGUCCCACCUGCAACAAAGUGUACGUGUCCAUGCCGGCGUUGGCAAUGCACAUCCUCACCCACGACCUCAAGCACAAGUGCGACGUGUGCAGCAAGGCCUUCAGUCGGCCCUGGCUGCUGCAGGGCCACAUGCGCUCACACACGGGGGAGAAGCCCUUUGCCUGCGCCCACUGUGGCAAAGCCUUUGCUGACCGUUCAAACCUCCGCGCCCACAUGCAAACACACUCUGCCUUCAAGCACUACAGAUGCAAGCGCUGCAAUAAGACCUUUGCUCUCAAGUCCUACCUGAACAAGCACUAUGAGUCAGCUUGCUUCAAGGGCUCUGCAGACGAAGAUGAUUCUGGAUCGGAAAACUAACCACGAGAAAAACAAAAUUUCUGAACCCCUGUUGAAGGUUCACAACCAGUAACCCUGAUCACUCUGCCCUCCAUGCCUUUUUUCUUCCCUUUUUUUAGAAAGCAAUAUUUUCACUGAGAUUACGUGAAGAAACUCUGAUAACUGAUUAUGGCAAAGACAAUUUCAAAAGAUGCUGGAUUUUUUUCCCCCUGCACAGUAGCUAAUCGUCCACAGAAACAUACAAUCAAUCAACCUUCCCCCAAAUAGAGACUGUAGAUGUAGAUGUACACAACUCAGCAACAUGUGCUCACACCAGUGUGGGAACAUGUAAACACACACACACACACACACACACGCACCAAGAUACAUACAUGAAUGCACACAAACACUUACAACACAAUUAUAUAUGAGGCCUGGCAUGUGAAUUUUUAUCAAUGACUAUAAUAAUAUUGAUAUCAAUAGUAAUAAUAUUUAGAUUCCUGAUAUUUUAUAGGAAAUAGUAACAAAAAACCAACAAAAAAAUACAUAAAAAAGGACUAAUAGUGUUAUUUUGUUUUUAGAGACAAAAUGACCUCUUGUAUUUUUAUGCUGCUUUUUAUUUGCUAAGAAUUGAAUUCUUUUGCAACUGCCAACAUAAACUUUUUACAAAAAUGUGAACUAUGACAGUAUUUGCAAAAAAAGGGAGAUCAUUUUAAAAGGUAAAAUAGACAAACCCUCCUUUUUUCCACACCAACCUUUGAAUUCAACGGAUGUUAUUUUUCUAUUUAAUUUUUCUAAAUUUAUUUUUUUGUGCUUUUUAUCUCUUGUUGAUCAAAAGCUUCUUUGUAACUGUGGGUACAUCAAACAGAGCUCAUCUUAAAUAAGCUAUAAAAAGAUCAUACGCCAUUCAGAUCAAUUCUGCAGGAACAGCGAUUUUAAAAUGUUGGCCUGUUGAGCAGGUAUUAUUACGCCCACCAUCUGAUCCGAUUCAUAAUCUCACCCUGAUGCACAGACUUGGACAAAAAAAAAAAAAAACACUCAGAGCCAGACCAAAUGAUCUAAUAAGUGCCACGAGCAGUUCACUCAUCUAUAGCAAUUAAAACUCUUGUUGUUCUUCCUCCACCAUGAUGGCUUGCGUAAACUCCGCUGCCUGCAUGGUGCCUCGUCCAGUCUUAAUGAGUAAUCUCGACCCCGUAUUUGAGGUGCUCCCCCACCCUCCACCAAUAUUACCUCAGAGUGAACGUACGGACUCGCACACCCUCAGUUACAAAGUGACAAAUUUUUGUGUUUGUCUGUUUUAAUAUGUCGCUCAAAGCUACGCCCAUGGUUUAAUAGAUGCAAACCAUCUAUUUAUCAUGUAAAUACUUUAUUUAUCCUCCUGGUUAUCUAUUUAUUUAUUUAUUCAUCCUAUGUUUUGCUUAUUUAUUGAACACUUAUUUAUUAUGUAUUUAUUUAUUGUUUGUAAUUUAGAAAAAUGGACAUCCAUUGACCUUGUAAGAUGCUGCUGAUCUUCAAAGAAAAUGUUUAUAUGCAUGAAAACUGUAGAGAGUCCAUGGGACUUAGUUUUAAAGAGGAACAAUGUACAGUACCAGUGCUAGAGGACUUCCAAUGAAUGAAUGAAUGCAGAAUUAGUUUUUAGGUUUUGUGGCAAUAACAUGACUGAAAAAGCAAUUUAACAUGGAAAAACAAUCACAGCUGUUCUGUUUUUGUUCCACUUAGGGCAAUAAAAAGAAAACAAUGACACAGAAAUACUGAUCUUGUUUCCCAAAAGCCCUCCACCUCCUCACAGAGGGACAUUUUUGGCCUCUUUUUUGUCUUUCAAUCUCAGGCAACUACCAGUUCUCAGAAGUGGACUACAUUGAUAUGAAUGCAUCCUGAAAAUCAGAAAAUAAAAAGGUCUCAGUACACUAAAGUUGCAGAGGCACAGCAACAAUAAUGAUGCCAGGUUUAGCAGGACAUGGCUCCAAAACUGACGCAGUUUGCUAUUUGUAAACCUAAUAAUUUUUUAUUCUACAUUAAAAACACAACAAAACAGUAAUUCUCAUUAAGGUCACAGAGGUAAUAAAGUCACUGAUCUAAGCAUUAACUUGCAGGGAGAAGAAAGUUUUUUUAAUUGCUGUAAUAAAAUGACAGGCAGCAUUGCACCUCCAAACCAUAGCUUUAUUUUUUUCCUGCAUCCCUCCCCUACCCAGCAGCCGUCCUCACCCUGUCCCAACUGCCUCUGAACAGACGUGGCGAGCAUUAGAUGUGUUGAAGUGGGAUUGGCGGAGGGUGGUGGAGUGUGGGAGGAUAACAGGUGUUUGUAGACAGACUGCAGAUAGGGAGCGUAAUUGAGUCGGUGAGCGACCUCCAAGGGGAAGGUCAAGCACCAGCAGGCAAAUGCACUGUCAGCUAUUUGCAUAUUCCAAAUGGAUGGCACUAUUGCAGUAAUGCUGAGCGCGCUCUGAAAAGAAAAAAAAAAAGCUAAGCUGAGGAGGAGAAAGGAGAGCAAAGAGGAGCUUCUGCUCUAUUUGUUCAUCCUCUUCUCUCUGUUUCACCAUCAUCCUGUGCAGUGCUACAGCUGAAUCACCGCGUGAGAGCAUCCAAACCACCUGUCUAAUGAUCAACGUGUAGGACACACAGCCUGGAACAUCGCUGUAAUAUUACACAAAUGCAAAAAAAACAAUUGCUUCCAAAAGAUUUGUUAAUGUUUUUGUAUUUUAACAUGUAAGAGUACAAUAAGGUAUCUCCAAAAUGUGGGGGUUGUGUAUUAAAAUGGCAAAUACAUGCACUGAGCAUAUUAAAAACCUCAACUGUAAAUGCAGGCUUGCAUCUAAACCUGACAGUAUUAAAAGGCUAUCUACAGAGAAGGAGGCACACCUUAACAGCAAAAUAUUGCAUUUAGAUGUAGGGAAACAUUGUUCCUCUUUGAUUUUGUAAAUAUAUUUGUAAAUAUAUCACAGCAAUAAUAUCACAAUGCAUGUAGACAUUUAAAUGCUCUUUUUCUAUCCAUGUCUUUUUAUUCUAUUUAAAAAAAAAGACAAAUGCAGGUACCAAUAGCAGUCUGGUUGGCCAUGUGAAUCAGGGAGCGUCUUGACUAAGAAGCUAUCUGUCAUAAGUUAGAACAACUUUCAACUCUGUGUUUUCUCAAAGAUCUGAUCAUGUUGGGUAUUAUUUAUUUUCCUUUCCUUUUCUUUCUAUUUAUGUGCCCGGCUUGGCUGCGCAAUGAAAAAGUGCCAAAAAGUAUAAUUUCCAUAACAAAAGCCUUCAACAUAUGGUUGGCUGCUUGAAACCAUCCAUAUGGUCCUCAAAGAAAAAAACUGAUUAAGAUUUUCCACCUUCUUUCUCAUUCUCUCUCUCUCCUUAUCUUUCUCUCUUUCUCUUUUUCUCUCUGUUCCAGUAUGAAGAAACUUAAGCCAUGAUUGCUGAGGGGUGUUUUCAUUUAUCUUGUUCUGCUACAAUUAAUAAUAAUGACCACAAUAGCAAUGAUAACAUUAAUAAAAACAAUAGCACAAGGAA